UCCUACGGGAGGCCAUGCCGGCUGCUCCCCAAAGAGCCGCCGGGCCACCCUGUGCAGGACCCCCCUAACACCGCCUUCCGCCCUCUGGCGCUGCAGGGGGUCCCGGACGGGUGGUCUCGGCAGCGCGGCCGCGGGCAGUCGGCCCCAGAGACCCAGCACCCACGGAGCAGCCUGCCUGGACAAGCGCAGAGCAAUCCCACCGAGCUUCGCCGCCAGAGCGCAAAACAAAGCGGGGUACUGGGCACCGCCGCCCCUGCUGGCGCGGAGGGCUUCCGCCGGGCAGCGCGGCACGGUGGGGUCGGCCCGCUGCAUCACCGCUGCCGACACACUGCAACGCAGAGGGUUGCACGGCAGCCCGCUGGCCUCCUGCGAGAGGGAGCGCUAAAAAACAAGAGGGAGAGCGAGCGAGAGAGAGCGAGCACAGAGGCAAACGGCAGCCCUCCGCAACGGAGCCAGCGGGGGGGCGCAAAGCCCCGCCGCCCCCUGCCCUAUCUGCGCGUCCCUCGCCGUCCUGCCUGGCUGGAAGCCGGCCGGAGGACGGACUGCGACGCCGUUGCAUCCCCCCUGCCACUCGGGGGGAGGGCGGGGAGGUCGGCCUCGUCGCCCCCAGGCCGAGGCGGGAAGAACCGAGGGUCCCACUCGCCCCCCGCCAGCCGCGGCGGGCCGCACCCCUCCGUCCCCCCGCCCGCCGCGGCUUCCAUCCAUAAUUAAUCGCCUCCCCGCAGCCGCCGCGAUAAGAGAGGGCGGGCGGGGACGAGGAGGCGGCGGCGGCCGGGAGGCGGGGGGGGGAGCGUGUGCGUUCGCCGCGCCCGGCUCACUGCGGCCGGCGGCUGCCUCCCGUGCGGAGCGGAGCGGAGCCCAGCCGCUCCGUCGGGGAACGCCGCGCUCGCAUGGCCGCGCCGCGCCGCGCCGCCGCCGCCGCCGCGGGGCCAGGGAGUGCUGCGGGAGGAGGAUGAGGCGGGCGGCGGGGCGGCGGCGGCGGCGGCGGCGCGGAGGAUGAAGUGGAGCGUGCGGGGAGCCUGCGCCGCGCUCUCCAGCUGCCUCCUGCUCGCCUGCGCCCUCAGCGCCGCCGCCGUGGGCCUCAAGUGCUUCUCGCUCGGCUCCGAGCUCAAGGGCGAGCCCUUCCGCCUGGGCACAGCCGCCGGCGCCUUCUACUCGGGGCUGCUGCUGGCCGCCGGCCUCUCGCUGCUCGCCGCCGCGCUGCUCUGCUGUCGCCCGCCCGACGAGGCGCCUGCGGUGCCGGCUCCGGACCCGGACCCGGCCUCGGACCUGGCCCCGGCCGGGGACCCGGACCCGACGGGCGGUGGCCCUGGCGUGGGGGAGGCGGCGGCCGCACCGUCCGGGCCGGUGGAGAAGGCGCCGCCCGGGGGGCGGCAGAACUUCCUGCUGCUGGGGGUGCUGGUGUUCAUGCUGGGCGUGCUGAGCGCCUUCGCCGGCGCCGUCAUUGACGGCGACACCGUGUCGCUGGUGGAGAGGAAGUACUCGCACUACUGCCUACUGCAGCCCGGUGGGGCGGCCCGCCCGCGGAGCAGCCCCGCGGCCCCCGACGGCUCCGCCGCGGCGCUCCGCUGCCAGAAGCUGCGGGACUACCAGCAAGGCUUGGUGCUCUCCACCGUCUUCAACGCUCUGGAGUGCCUCCUGGGCCUGCUCAACCUACUGCUCGUCAAGAACUACAAGGCCUCGCAGCAGCGCGGGCGCCGGCGGCGCCGGCGGCGAGCGGCCCCGGCGGCGGCGGGCGGGCGGCGGCGGCGGCGGCGGGGCGGCGGCGGCGGCGGGCGGCGGGCGCCUCGCCACAGCCAGGGCUCCCUCUUCUCCGGCGGCGAGCCCGAGCUCAGCCCCGGGGAUUGCCCCUUCCAGGCCGUCUCGUACAUCAACGUGGGCGUCUUCCACGUCUUCGACGAGGCCGGCGUGGAGGUGCACUGUGGCGGGCAUCCCUCCGUCGAGCUGCCCGGCUACUCGCCCAUGGACCCCGAGCUCAACGCCUCCUACCCUUACUGCUACCCGCUGCCCAGCGAGCAGCCCCCCGCUUACGAGGAGAUCUACCCCGGGGAGACCUGUGCCCACGGCACCUAGUGCCGACCGCCGGCGGGACGCCCGGCUCCCGGCCCGGCAUCCGAUUCGCCGUGACAGCCGGGAGUGGGACCGGCGUCGGGACCGCGACCGGGACCAGGACCAGGAGCGGGCCCGCCAGCGCCUCGCAGCCGCGGGGCUUGGGGACAGCCCUCGCACCGGACCGCGGGCGGGGUGCCGCCGUGCUUUGGCUCUGCGGAAGCUUCUCCUCCCUUCCUGCUUUCCCCUUUCUUUUCCCCCUCCCCUCCCUGCCACCGACCCUUCGUCCGUCUGUCCGUCCUUCCGCCGGCGGCUGAAUUUUCCAAAGGCUGCGCAAGAAACGCCUAAGGGUUGGUUCCUCCCGCCGUCCUCUCCUUCGUAGCCAAGUUUAGUUCCCUUAAAGUGAUUCAUCUGUCUCCAGCUUUAGCAGUCCAGAGUUACCCAUUUAUGAUAACCAGCCAUUGUAAGGAAAAGGUGUCAUGAAGCUUCUUUACCUCUUAAAAGAGCUAAAUUUCUAAACAACGCAGAGACAUUUGUGUCACGUUUACUAGAGGUGUAUUGGGGAUCUUUAACGUUUACACUACUCCUUGGGAGAAUUGAGUUCUGUUUUAAGAUUUAGUGAGUUAAAACAUUUGUUGGUCUUGUAAGAUGCACAUUGAGAAAAACCUGCACUUUGAAAAAGAAACAGGAAAAAAAUCAACAAUGUUUUUGUACACUAACGUGCCUGCUUUUGUUGAUAACUUACUACUGUAAAAGCUUUCAGAAGUCUAUAGUGACAAUGUUUGGUAAAUUCACUGCAGUUUAAAAUUGAUGAUUAGUUCCUUUACUAAAACAACUGAGAUGUUGCUAGGAUAUGGCAGUUGAAAGGAAGUCCAAAUGUCAUACACAUUCCUUUUUGUAAACAGGUUCUGUGUUUUUAAUGCAAGGCAGGAUUUCUUUUUGUUUUACGCAGGUGAAGGGUUUAAUUCUAUUUUGUACAACUACAUGAUUUACCUUGUAAAGAGUUCCAUUUUACCUGUUACAAUUCAUCAAUCUGGUAAGCUUGAAUAUUAAAAGUUUUAUUUGAAAAAAAAAAUACAUAUAUAGAACAGCCUUAACUGGUGCAGUGGUCACAGUUUUAAAGAAAAAAAAAAAAGGAUAAAACAUCUUGGAAGACAUCUUCCAAAUGUGUUUUCAAAACAGUAUUUAUACUCCUAUUACAAAGCAAGAAUUUUCUUUGCUUUUAGAAGAAAGAGGCCACUUUAAUUCCUGAAGGGGGGGAAUAAUGGAAUUGUACACUGUUAACUCUUUCUGAACUUAGACGUAUUAAAAUGGUUUUCUACAGAGAAGAAAACUGCUAAAUCCUCGUUUUGGAUUCUGCUGUGGAAUGCCAGUACCAGAUAGUGUAAGAAAGUGCUAAUUAAAGAGAAGCAGGUAUGGCGUAUUUUAUUACAUCAUUCAAGAACAGGUAAAGGCUUAAUUUCAAGUUGCACAAAGAACCAAAAAACAACUCUUCAUAUUGCAUUUGGUUCAGUACCACACCCCCACACACCCCCCACCUCAGUUACAGCAUACUGAAAUUAAAUAUUACAAAAUGAGCUUUCUGUUAAUUCUGUGUUUGGAGCUGCUGCAUAAUGCCAGUGUAUCAGCUACCCAGAGAGAGAGAGUUAAGGGGAAUGCCAAAUGACAGUGUAUUUCUGUGGUCGAUGGAAAAUUAUUUUUAUAUUUUUAGCUGCAGAGAGACUGACGUAAUUUACAGCCUUAAAACUGGAAAGAGAAGAUUUUAGGCUAAAAAUAUUAAAAUCUCUCUGCAGUGUUUUGUUUUAUAAAGUGUUUUGACUUGCAUACUUUGUAUAAUCUAAAAUGCCUGAGAAGUCUUAAAAUUGCAAACUGAUGCAUGUGAAGCUCACAAUUAAAGCUCUAGAGACAACAGUUAAAAGCAGCAGUUGCCAAUUUGUCAAGUAGUUCUGAAUAGCAGAAAUUUAAAAUACAGCUUUGUUUGGCCAGCAGAUUUCCUUGUGCAGAAUGCCAGCCUAAAACAUAUAUCCUAGCUAAGUCCCAUUUUAGUACUGAAGAUUGGUUUUAUGCUGGCUCUCUGCAGAUGCACUUCCUUAACCCCUUAUGGGAAGUGACUGGGAAGUCCUGUAGUCUUUACCUAUAAUACUUAUUUAGGCACAAAACCAAUCCCAUAACAUACUGUAUUGUUCAUACAGCCAAGAUUUUGCAAAAUGAGUAACUGAAGCAAGGAGGCUAAAUCCUUAUGUAGGUCUCCAAUUAGAUGAGUUUAUGAGACAGCAUAGUACCCUGUACUGAAUUAAAUGGGAACUGCUAGGCUGCAGGUUGAUUUUGAAAAACAGUCCAGCUAGGUGCCUAAAUACAGAUGCAGAAAAGUAGUAAUAGUUGUUGGCUUUAAAAAAAUUGGCUAUAUACAUUGUAGUUCAUGGAAGUUUUAUCUUAGUUUUACUUAAGGAAUUAAUUUUUGACAUAAAAAUGUGGUAUUUUACUUAAGAUAACUAUUUUAGAAAUUAUGAACUAGACAGUUCUGAAACUCCAGAUGUUCCAAAGAUCAGUGCUCAGGGAAAUAAAUGGAAAGUCAAGAAAGCUACCUAUUAUACUCAAUUGUUUAAUUGUAAACAAUUUUAAACUAUGAACUUUUAAGAUUGUUAAAUUCAUAGCUUUUUUUUUUUUUUGUAUGUGUGCAUGCAUACACAUGUGUGGAAGUGUGCUUGUGUUUUAUUUAAGUCUGUUCAGAAAGCCCUUGACUUAGGAUAUUUAUUUGUGGCUCAGUUUUAGUUCCCAAAUUUCUACUUUUCUUCAUUUGUGCUUUUAUCCCCCGUAGUAAUUUAGUUUAGUGGUGGACAGAUUGCCAGAAUAAUGUCCAAGUUGGACUCCCACUGAAGCCAGUAGACAUCAUUUCAUUGACUUCAGUGGGUCUGGGCACAAAUGACAUGUAACACCUACUCUAAAUAAUCUUUAAAGUAAUAUUGAUCUUCUGGCAUGACAGGAUGCAGCAGUGGCAUAUUAUUUCUCAUUUAUUAUUUGUAUGGACAGCAGUAUUAAGGGAGGUCACCUAUGGUACUAUUCACAUUUUUUAAAAAAAACAGGAGAAAAAAAUUGGCAGACAAAUUGACCAAACAAGCCAUGUUUUCUUAAAGAUGGUAUACAAGUGUUUCAGGUAUCUGAUGACUAACUUUUCUGAUAAAACACCACACAUACUAAUUUCUCAGUGAGAAGAAACUUACAAAUACAGGAAACAAGAUGAAGCUUCACAAGCAUGAUUGCAGUACUGUGAAGCCAUUUUUAGCAAACCUAAAUCAUCACUCUUAUCUUCUGAGCAAUAAUGUUAGAGUGUAUAAACUGUACUGUGAUGAAAUUGAAAAUAGGCUGGUGUGGGAAGCAUUGGAGCGUAAGUUAAUUGCCUGAGACAACUCAUACUGUCCCUUUAUUUUCCAUUCCCUGUCACAUGAGUGUUGAGGCGAAUGCAAGCCUGAUCGAUUCAUGUCACUGGAGGAUGUUAACUGCAAGGCUUUUGACUGAAGCAGCAAAACCAGGUAGGAUGUAAGAGAAACUUCAUGUAUGUGCUAUCAAACCUCCAUUUUGCAUAGCCGAAGUAACAAGACUGCUUUUUGCCCCACAGCUCAUUUGAAUUUGCUCACAGCUUUACUUGCAUGUGUUCAAAGGGAGGAAGGAAUUAGACACAAUACUGCUGUUUUGGUCACAGUGGAGUACUGAAUUGGUAGCAGACUGCUCCCAGCUUUCUUGUCCCUUUUGCAGGUAAUAGCAGCUAGGCAAGGGGUGACAUGGUGGAAAAUCAAGUCUGCUGUCUUUGAUGGGAAAGGAUUUGCCUUCAUGUGGAAAAGAUAUAUUCUUACCAGCCUAUUAGCAAUUCACAUGAAUUACUUUCACACUCCAACAUCCUUGCUUAAAUCUGUUACUUAUACUUUGCAUUGUAAUUGACACACAGAAUAUAUGUGAAUCUAAAAACGGGGGAAAAAAUGAUGUCAGAGGGAAAUUGUAGUACAGAUUUUACUCAAAAGUUUGAUUUCACUGUAGGACUUCUUUGGUUCACCAAAAAGCGCUAUGGUGGCUGGUAUAACUUAGAUAUAUUUCAGACAUACUGUUUAAUCAUCAGAAGAGGUUUCUGAAUGUUCACAUGAGAACAGCAAUCUGUUUCUGCUUUUGGAUAUAGUAGAUAUGAAAACCUUUUCUUCAUUUUGCCAUUUAAUCCAAGAUUGAUCCUCAAGAAAAUGUCAGUAAUUGAUCUUGUAAUUUUAGGAUCAAUAAAAUACAUUUUAAAGCACAGCAUAUCCUAUUUAAAAAGCCUAAUGCUCUUCAUUUCCUAUUUUUCACUGUCUUAGACAACUGUCUAAUAGUACAAUUGAAGCUACAGAAUUAAUUACCACUUUCAUUACAAAAACAUGUUUCUCAGGGACUUGUACAAAUGGAAACCUGAUACAGAAUUCCAGGUUUUACCAUGAAGUCAAGUCUGUUUCCUGAAGUUAGAUAUUUCUGGGUUACAGGGUGUUCCAGUAUUUUAGAUAAAUUCCACUGGUAAAAAAUAACAUCUGUUCAUUUCAUAUGAUAGCACUUUUUAAGUUUGCUAAAGUUACCCCUCUUUAAGACAGUAUCAUAGGCUCGUAUUUCAAUUAAAAUGCGUAAGGGUGAGUACGAUUGAAUUCCUCAUGGUCACUGUCUGUUUUUUAAAUUUAUUAAUUAUCUCUCAGUACUUAAUGGAAUGUAACUAGUGCUUAGUAUAUGUUCCAGAAUCAGUAAUAACUGAUCUAAUAACAGUUCAGGAGAUAAAAAUGUUCUCUGGGAAGCCCACAGGCUAAUGUAGUGCUGUGAGAAAAUCUUCAAAUACAUGUUGCAACAAUUUGGUGUAUGGCAUGUCCUGCCCAAAAAAAGCAAGGGUGCAGGGGGUUUGUGUGCUCUUUCUAUUACAAUGUCGGUUCUGAAACCUUUUCCCUGUGUAACUUUCUAAGAGUGAAAUUCACAAAUUGGUGUUCUCAAAAUGUGUUUGAAAUAACUGCCUUGCUUUCCGCUGGCCAGCUGGCUAUGUACUUUCCACCCAGUGCGCAGGAACCUGGUGAAGUUCAUCUGAAGUGUGUGGGUACGUCACCCUGAUGUAAUCCUAGAUAAUCUGAGACCGAAGAUCAUAUAAUUCAAGAAGCCAUAAAACUCUCAUCAGAAGAGCAUAUUUUCCUUCACAGAGGAAUAAAAUCCUGAUGUUGUCUUUCA